AUGACGGCAACAAACAACAGCAACAACAACAGCAACAACAACAACAACAGCAACUAUAUCGUUUCUGAUGAAAAAGUUAUUGAUUCAUUAGUUGAGGAAUUAGUUAUGAUAGAAACUAAAACCCUCAACGAAAGAAUUGGUGAAAACAAGAUUGAUUUACAUAACUACCUCAAACAUGAUGGAGGAAGAGGAAGGAAAACUGGUACAGCUUUAUUAGUAAAUAAAAUAUCAAAUUUAACGAUUAUAGAUGUUGAUAUCAAUAAAUCAUACAAUGAUGAACUUAAAGAAACGGUUAGAAAAGACAUUCUAUCAAAACUUUCGGAUAAAGAUGUUAUCGUUAAAACCGCAUCAGGAGGUCUUCACAUUUAUUGCAACACUAAUUUCUUCUAUUCAACCUCGAACAGAAUGAUUAAAUGUUAUUCCUGCAAUGAUUAUGAUAUUGAUAUCAUGACUUCUAUUGAUGAUUCAAAACGUUCAUUAGUGGUUAUGGCUGAUUCAAGAGUUCGCAAGAAUGCAACAGAACCAAUCAAUACAUACUCAUUCAUUCGUGGAAGUUAUGAUUCAACAUUAACUAGAACAGUGAAUGAUAUAUUAAAUGAUUUGAAUAUUAAGGUAAGAGUUGAACAAAAGAAUGAAGAAAUAAAGACUAUUAUGAAUGAAAACAAAGAUGUAAACAUUGACGAUAAACUUGCCCAGAGCAUAGUUGAUGGCAUCUGUGAUUUUGAAGUACAUAAUGAUGGUGGAAACAUGAAUUUAGAAAAAGAAAUAACAUUAUUCACACUGUUUCAAGCUAUUAAUUCGUUACCUAAUCAUUUAAUUAAUGAAGCCUACGAUAACGUUUAUAACUUCUGCAGCUUAACUGAAAAUGCUAAAAGUAAUUUUGAAAAAGCACGUAGUAGAUAUGCACAUUUAAUGACUUCGCCAUUUGUUUUGGUGAAGAUUCUAAAACUUUAUCAAAAGGAAUAUUAUGAUGAAUAUGUUUUACCUUUAUUACGUAAGCCAAAAAUAACAUUUGAUAUCAAACUUGAUGACUCGUUUUUGAUAACAGAUAUUAGACGCAAGGCUGAAAAUCAUCA